AUCAGGAAGUAAGUCCAGCGGUUCCGUAUUUGAACAAAACCAGAGCCUGUUUAACUAAAGACAAAACGUUGAUAUUGGAAUAUCCGCAUUUUAACGAAUACAUCUGAAAGAGACGAAACUGAUUAGAAAUCUUCAGUUUGGAGAGUGUACUGUUUAUGUAAAAAAAGUUGUUUGAUUAUAUAUUGAGAGUGCGGUACAUACUCGGAAAACGAACCUGAUACAUACUUAAGUAGGUAGAGUAGAAUGGAUACUCCUCCCCUGACAGAGGAUGAAAUGUCCGAAAUUAAAAAGGAAGUGCUGAUCAGGCUGCGGCCCUACCUCUGUGACAAGAUAAUUGCUGAUCGCCACUUCGACUACCUACGCGCUCGCAGAAUCCUGACACGGGAUGAUACAGAGGAGAUCUACUGUCGGAGCACGCAGAGAAAGAAGACGGGUAUGCUGUUGGACUUCCUGGCUGAGAACCCCCGGGGCUUGGACACCCUUAUUGAGUCCAUCCAACUCUGUCGCUCCCUCAACCACAUCAUCACCAAGAUCACUGAUGAGGUGCAGAAAGUGAAGAAUGAGAGGCUAGAAGCUCUGAGAGCCUCUGCCUCCAGUUCCUCAUCUGGUUACCUUCCAAUGAAAGGGGCAUCCAAUGACCUCUCCAGGACAUUGUCAUAUGAAUCAAACCUGCCAUCGACUAUGCUAUUCCACCCCGAAAGUGAAGGGUGCGCCUCCACAUCAGAUGCUACCGGAUCCCUCAAGCUGCCCUCUGCAUCAAGCCGAGCGGACGCACCAUCGAUGGGAGGGGGCAGCGUGACAGUGUCCUUAUCUACGGCCUCGUCCAGCCUACCCAGGCCUGGAGACCCAGGGGCUCCCCCCCUGCCAGAGGAGCUGUUGGCUGAGUCCUCUGCCAGCAUGGAUGCUGGGGCACAGAGCACAAGCAGUGCAGGAGAUGCCAACUUCCAGCCCUUGCGCUCACGCUCCCUCACUCCACACAGGGACAUAUCUCCAUGCCAAUCAUAUCAUUCGCAGUGAGGCUCCACAAUUUCCCUCGAUCUCACUCUUUCACACACACACACACACACACACACACACACACACACACACACACACACACACACACACACACACACACACACACGUGUGACAGUUUGUUUGCCUACAAUAUGCGUGGGGGAUACAAUGGGUCAUUACACAGCAUAGUUUUAUGUAUGUACCACACACCUACUCAUUAAAAGUCAGAUUUGUAUACAUUACUGAACAGAAAGACUGAUCGUCGCACUCAUUCUUAGUUGUUGCUCCACUGUUUUUAAAAAGAAGAAUGUGUGACUGGUUUACUAGCAUUCAACAUGCAACAUCAUGGCAGCUACUGUACGGUAUAGACAAUGGUGCAGAGAGAUAUGUGUGCAUAUAUAUGUAAAACUACAGUAACAAUCCUUAAAUGGUGGAUAUCUGAACCACCUAGUGUUUACAGCUUUGUUUUCUUACUAUUGGUUGUGGGAAUAGUUGUCAAUAAGAUCUUAGAAAUGUGAAUAGUUCAUGAAUAUAACGUGGUACAGUGUCUGUCUUUCAUUAUCCAUUGUAUCUUUGUAACUGUUGUAAUUUUCACUUCGAAAUUAUGGUACAUUUUAUUCAGAUUAAAAUAAUAUCAGA